UCCAGUUGUACCAAUCCGCAAGUAGCGACAGCCCAAGAAGACCGGGGUUUCUUAUAAAAGGCAAAAAAGAAAAUCUUUAUUAGUGAGCUUUUGCCUGGGCACUAGGAAGGGAAAGGCAGAGAACACGGACAGGAGAAGUGAACCUUGGCAUAGCAUGAGGAUGAAGGGGCUGUAUGUGGUACCUUUGCUUCUAGCUCUGGUGGAGUCAGCUCAGAAAUCAGAUCUAGGAGGUGAUGCCUCUGCCGCCCUUAUCAACCAUUCUCCGAUGCUCAUUCAUCGCCUACAAGACCUUCUUCAGAAUAGUAACUCCAGUGAUACCACCCUGAGGAUCCGUACUGCCAACUCAAAUGAAGUGAAAGUCAUUCACACUCAUCAGCUUCUCUUAACACUUCAGAGUGACAUCUUUGAGGGACUUCUUCUAAACCAAAGUGAAGUGACUCUGCAGGAACCAGCUGAAUGUGCUGCUGUGUUUGAAAAAUUCAUCAGGUAUUUCUAUUGUGGAGAGAUUUCAGUGAAUUUGAAUCAGGCAAUCCCACUGCAUCGUUUGGCCAGCAAGUACCAUGUAACAGCUCUACAAAGAGGGAUAACUGAAUACAUGAAAACUCACUUUGCCAGUGAGUCAUCUCAAGGCCAUGUUGUGAGCUGGUACCAUUAUGCUCUGAGGAUGGGUGACAUAACACUACAGGAAAGCUGUCUGAAGUUUCUGGCAUGGAAUCUUUCUACUGUUAUGAGCAGCAAUGAGUGGGUGACAGUGAGUGACAACUUGAUGGUAUCCCUUCUCCAGCGCUCUGAUUUGGUUUUGCAGAGUGAGCUAGAGCUGUUUAAUGCUGUAGAGGAAUGGGUUAGCAAGAAAAACCCAGAUGUGCCUGUAAUUGAAAAGGUCCUUCGGGCUAUCAGGUAUCCAAUGAUCACACCAAGCCAGCUCUUCCAGAUUCAAAAAAAAUCAGUUGUUCUGGCCUCCUACCACAAUUCAGUUCAAGACCUCAUGUUCCAGGCUUUUCAGUUUCACUCUGCCUCCCCACUGCACUUUGCAAAGUAUUUUGAAGUCAACUGCAGCAUGUUUGUCCCCCGCAACUAUCUCUCCCCUUCUUGGGGUUCUCAGUGGAUAAUUAACAACCCAGCCAGAGAUGACAGAAGUCUAACGUUUCAAACUCAACUCGGUCCAAGCAACCAUGAUACCAGCAAGAAAAUUACAUGGAAUGCCCUAUUCUCUCCCCGCUGGAUUCCAGUCAGCCUUCGACCUGUCUACUCUGAGUCAGUAUCAAGCAGCUCUCAAUCAAACCGCUUAGAGGAAGGGAAGCCUCGUUUGGUUAUGACGUCAGCAAUGAGUGGAAUGGAUUUUGCAGGAGUUACAUUCCAGAAGACUGUGCUGGUUGGAGUUAAAAGACAACAGGGCAAGGUGUUUAUAAAACAUGUCUACAAUGUCCAUCAGAGCACAGAUGAAGUCUUUGACUUUUUGCUAAAUGCUGACUUGCAGAAAAGAACCUCGGAAUAUCUGAUUGACAACUCUCUGCACCUCCACAUUAUCAUAAAGCCUAUUUACCACUCUUUGAUUAAAGCAAAGUGAAAUGGGAAAAAAGAUAGCUAGUACAUUCUAAUUAUGAGACCCAGGCCACUGGCAAAAACCCAAUGUGUUUGGAAUAAUCACUUUCAUGCUAAUCUGACCACCUAGAGAAUACAUAUGUGAUACUUAAAGAGAUACUGACACCAGAAAUCAAACUUUUUUUUAAAAUCUAUCAUAACAUUGUCUUAACAUGCUAUUAAAAUUUUGCCAUUAAAAUUUUUCCAAUGCUUUUUCAUUGCCUAUGUUCCACUAUGAGGGGGCCCCACUAUUUGUUAAAUGUACAUUAAUAUUUUGAAGAAUAGCUUUUUAGUGUCAGUAUCACUUUAAGAAGCAAAAAAUUAACUAGGCUCAGCAAUCAUCUCCAGCAGAUUAUCUGAUGUAUUAAGUAGUACUGAGCCAAUCAUCCUCUCUGGCUUUACCAAGAAAUGCUAUCCUUUACCUUGAUGAUACUAAGGGACAUAUGAUGUACAGGACACUGUCUGCACUUACCUGUGUACUAUGCCAUACAGAGUCAUUUGUUUUAAAUCCCAUCCAAAAAUAUCAGGCAGGAUCAUUUUAUCACAAUUUAUUUAUAUGAAAAGACAGAAGACAGGAAAACCAGUACAAAGAAUACAAAGUCAGAUGAAGGCACAGAGCUGUACCCAUGAUGCAGAAGUCUGGUAAAUAAACCAUUUUCCCUCUA